GGGAAGAAGAAGAAAAAAACCGGAUUAAUCUCAGACUGUGAAUUCUUCGGAGAAACAUCGCUGCCGCGAGCACAGAUUGAGAAACCAGGAAGGAUUCCAUACAUUGGUGUGAUUGGAUGUGAGACUACUUUGACCCGACCAAAUUGAAGAUGAUGUUGCUAUGGAAACUGCUGGUGCUGCAGUCACUUAUGGGGUGCCUUGCAGAGAGCGGUGUCGUGCAGAGCCCCGUCUUCAGCAAGCAGCCCGGCAGCAUCGUGUAUCCCGUGGAGACCGGGGAGAAGAGCCGGGAGGUGGUGUUCAGCUGUGAAGCCCAGGGAAGCCCGCCACCCAUCUACCGGUGGAAACUGAAUGGCACAGAGAUCAGUCCCAGAUCUGGAACUCAUUACAGCUUGUCCGGAGGCAACCUCAGAAUCAGCCAUCUGAACAAAGACCAAGAUGCUGGAACGUACCAGUGCCUCGCCUCCAACGCUUUCGGGACCAUCGUCAGCCGAGAGGCCAGGCUCACCUUUGCAUACAUGGAAAACUUCAAGAUUCACAGAAGAAGCUCCGUCUCCGUCCGCGAAGGUCAAGGAGUGGUUCUGCUGUGCGGCCCGCCAUCGCAUUCUGGAGAUCUCGUGUUUUCCUGGAUCUUUAACGAGUACCCGACGUUUGUGAAGCAGGACACUCGCCGAUUCAUCUCGCAGGAGACGGGGAACCUGUACAUCGCCAAGGUGAAGCCCUCAGAUGUCGGCAACUACACGUGUGUGGUGACUAACACCGUCACAAAGACCCGGGUCCAGGGUCCGCCCACUCCACUGGUGCUCCGCAGUGACGGUGUGAUGGGUGAAUACGAGCCAAAGAUUGAAGUUCAGUUUCCAGAGGUCGUUCAUGUUGCCAAAGGAUCCACUGUGAAGCUGGAAUGCUUCGCUUUGGGAAACCCGGUGCCGUCUAUAAAAUGGAAGCGAGUGGACGGUGUGCCUUUCCCCAGGAAAGUGGACAUGAGGAAAGCAAGCGGCAUCCUGGAAAUCCCGUACUUCCAGCAGGAGGACGCCGGCACGUACGAGUGUGUGGCGGAGAACUCCAGGGGAUUGAACACGGUGAAAGGAAAGCUCUCCUUCUACGCCCCUCCUCAUCUCAUCGAGAAACCCCAAGACGCCCAGAAGCUCAUCGAUGACUCGUUGGUGUGGGAGUGCAAAGCCACGGGGAAGCCAAAGCCUUCUUACAGGUGGAUGAAAAAUGGAGAAAACCUGGAACCUGCAGAGGAGCGCAUACAGGUGGCCAACGGAGGGUUGUCAAUAAGUCGCCUGACCCUGUCCGACACGGGAAUGUACCAGUGUGUGGCUGGGAACAAGCACGGAGAGGUCUACUCCAACGCAGAGCUCCGGGUGAUAGCCAUUGCCCCAGAUUUCUCUCACAACCAACUGAGGAGCCAGACGCUGGUGAAGGUUGGAGGAGAUGUGCUCAUCGAGUGCAAGCCCAAGAUGUCUCCGUGGGGCGUGAUCUCCUGGCGGAAGGGCAGCGAGAUGCUCCGAGAGAGUAACAGGGUCUUCAUCUUGGACAACGGUAACCUCCGGGUAUGGAACGCAACCAAGUCUGACGUCGGCCUCUACACCUGUGUGGCAAGAAACCAGUUUGGCGUGGCCAGUAGCACAGGAAGCGUCACCGUUAAAGAGCCGACCGCCAUCACCACCCUGCCGUCCACGCUGGACAUCACCGUGGGGGAGAGCGUGGUGCUGCCCUGCCAAGUGAGCCACGACCCGUCGCUGGAGCUCAAGUUCACGUGGUUCUUCAACGAGCAGCUCAUCCACUUCGGGAGCCACGGAGGAUAUUUUGAAAAAGUGGGAGGCCAUUCGGCAGGAGACAUUAUGAUUCGAAACAUCCAGCUGAGGCAUGCUGGGAAGUACACGUGCGCCGUGCAGACGAAGGUGGACAGCAUUUCCAUCGCGGCCGACUUGGUGGUCAGAGGUCCCCCGGGGCCCCCCACCAGCCUCCAUGUAGAAGAAAUCACUGAUACCACAGCCCCUCUGUCCUGGAGGCCCGGUCCCGAUAAUCACAGUCCAAUUACGGCAUACACCAUCCAGGCCAGGACACCAUUUUCCCUCGGGUGGCAGGCUGUCACCACAGUUCCUGAGAUGGUGGGGGGCCACCGCCUGACAGCUACAGUAAUAGACCUGAGCCCUUGGGUGGAGUACGAGUUCCGAGUCCUGGCAGGCAACACCAUCGGGACCGGAGAGCCCAGCAAGCCGUCCAAACAAGCAAGGACGAAGGGGACCUCUCCGAAGGUCACGCCGGCUAAUGUGAGCGGCGGCGGCGGCAGUCGCUCCGAAUUAGUCAUCACAUGGGAGCCGGUUCCAGAGGAGCAGCAGAACGGACCGGGGUUCGGCUACGUGGUGGCCUUUCGGCCCCACGGGGCCACGGGUUGGAUGCAGGCCGCCGUUCCGUCCGCCGAGGCGUCCAGAUACGUGUUCAAAAACGAGAGCAUCCAGCCCUUCUCGCCUUUCCUCGUGAAGGUCGGGGUGUACAACAACGAGGGGGAGGGGCCGUUUGGACCCGUCACCACCAUCAACUCGGCUGAGGAAGAACCGGGCCGAGCUCCCACCAGGGCCCGCGCCAAGAGCCUCUCUGCAUCCGAGGUGGAAGUGUCGUGGAAAGCUUUGCCCUGGAACGCCAGUAAAAAGAGAGUCCUGGGCUACGAGCUGCGGUACUGGAAUAAAAGUGAAAGGGAAGACACGGCCAGCGUGCAAAGGACUGUGGGAAAUCAGACGUCGACCGUUAUCCGCGGCGUGAAAGGCAGCACCGCGUAUUACAUCUCCGUCAGGGCGUACAACACGGCCGGAACGGGGCCCCCCAGCUCCACGGUCAACGUCACCACCAAGAAACCGCCGCCCAGUCAGCCACCAGUGAAACUGAUGUGGAACACAUUAAAUUCCAAGAUCAUAUUGAACUGGGAGCAGGUCAAGGCCCUUGAGAACGAGUCAGAGGUCACGGGAUACAAAGUGCUGUACAAGAAGAGUCGACACAGCCGACCCAACGUCAUGGAAACCAACACGACCUCUGUGGAGCUCGCCCUGCCCACCGAUGAGGACUACAUCAUCCAGAUACAGCCCUUCGGAGAGGGAGGGGAAGGCAGCAGUAGCAAGCAGUUCACCAUCCCGAGGAUACCAGGCCCCAACGCGGUCGGCUCAGCGUCCAAGGUCUCCACUCUGUCAGCCCUCAGUACAAUAGCGCUGUCGUUCACAGCCCGGACAUCUUUAUGACAAACGGCUCUCGGCAGACGUUGCAUCUGAUGUGGGAGGCGGCUCGACGGCGGAACGCAAACACAACCCACUCCGGUGUCGCUACAUCCAUUCAUCUAGAUUUUAGAGGCAAAAAGGAAGAAAGAAUAAAGAAAAAAAUAUGACAUUAAAAAAAAAAAUGUUUUAAAAAAAUACGGCGAUGAUGAGAUGUUGAGAUGAUAGGGAAGGAGUCCCCUUCAGCGGCCAGGCUAAGUAAAGGAGAUUGAGCGAUGUCGUGACUAUGUUGUUACCAAAGCAGCUUUCAUAAGAAAGAAAAUGGAGAGAAAAAAUGUCUUAUAUGCAUCUUUUUUUGUAUGACAUGUUGAAGCUUUUAUAGAUUUUAUGUAUUUAUUUUCCGUUAUCAAUUGAAAGUUUGUCUGUUCUUACGGGUGAGAGAACAAUUAGUUGCGUGGCAAAUAACAUCAAAUGUUCCAGACGGGAAGUUGCGAGUUGUUCUUCUAAAAUAAGGUCAUAAACUUGUGACAUUUGGUUCCAACAGUAGUUUCUUGUAUUCAAGUGAAUGAAUGAACUGUUACAUCUCUGCAUUUCCGUUUCUGCAAUAUGUCACACAUGUUUCAAAUCGAAGGACCGCGUCCUCAUUGGUCAUCUUUAUUUCAAAACUAAACUAAGAUUUCUUUUUUUUUCAGCAAAUAAAGAGUAAAAAAAAUAUAUAUAUAUAUAUAUAUAUCAAUACAAGUUAUCAUCCAACAUCAGAUAACGCGAACUUGCAAUACCUGCAUACAAUAUGUACAUUGAGUUAUGAGUCGUGUGAGUCAUUCCUCCUGUCUCGGGCUGCGUAUUGUUUAAAAGAUUACGAUGCCAGUACCAAAAAACAGUGAUACCGAUAACAAGAUUACACCCAUAUUAUACCUUUUUUUUUACCCCCUACUACAUUUAAUAAUCAGACGCCGCAUAAAGCAAAACCAUACAAAUAUUCUUCUUUUUUUCUUCUUCUAUAUCUAGGUACAAAAAAAGGUUUUGAAUGCAGGUAUCAUUUGACUGAGGAAGAUUCAAUCUUACCAGGCGCCGGCCGGCUUAUGUGGGUUGAUACUUUGAAGGUAUGGAGGCCCUUUGAGUAAGUUGGGGGUUGAGCGAGAGGCUGUAGCAGUCCGAGUUCUCCGAGUCCAAAGUAGCUCUCAUCCAAAGCCCACUUGUUGUGUUCUUACAAAUGUUUCCUUGCAUUGAGUUUGUUGCUGGGAUAACCCACUGACAAAAUAAACGUACACUCCUGCUACCCGUACAAAGAUACCCCCCCUUCUCCAUUGUGAUUUUACAAAGAAUGGAAAUGACAUUACAAGGAAGAUCCGAAAGGAUGACUCGACGAUUACAGCGACCAAAAACUCGUUCAUCGCGCAAAUUACACGGAGGAUUCUUUCCGUGCCAGGCCUCUCGGGGGAAGGUGACCAAGAUCCCCCCCCCCAAAAAAAGUCGAUGGGUGUCCCUCAGAGCCAUCCGUGUGAUCGCGACUGACCUCGAUACCGGAAAUAGCCCCCCAUGUUAUUUUGGAGAGAGCCCCUCCCCCAUUGGGUUCCUCUACCUUUGGCCCACUGUACUGCACUGGUGACCGGACCCUCUGUGGCCGUCUCAUGAUCCUCAUCCUUUCAGUUCGCCCUGAGUCUAGAGCUAUUCUUUGCCUUCUGUGUGCCUCAUCAUAUGUUCAAAAUCCUCAGGUCCUUAAAGAGCCUUAACUUAUCAUAGAUGUAUAUCCACAAAAAAAACAUUAGGAGACAUAGAACGGACGGAGCAGCCGCGGUGACGUUUACAUGCUGCUGCGUUGGAAGAUGCUGUAUGUGAUUGGGAUCAGGUGGUGGGGAGGGGGGGUGGGGGGGGGGGCAUCCUGUGCGCACUGCUGAGGAUACCAAGGUCCGUUUGAAUGGCGUUAUGCUAUUUUGCAUGGGAUAUUGGCAAUAUAUGAGGCCUGGUGCAUUUUUUUAUAUGUGUGUGUAUUCUUAUUAAAAGCCAAUGCUGCUGA